CAGAGUUACACAGCUUUCUCAUUGGCGAGGGCGUGAUGAGAGCAAACGCCAAUCUGCCAUUGGUCCAGAAAGCAAACCAAUCAGUGUCAGCGGAGGAACUUCGGAGCGGAGCUGCUGGGUUAGAGUUUCAGAGUUAGGAGAGCGAUUUUGGCAUUUCCACAAAGAGGACGGGCAUCUGUCCUCCGAAAAACGCUACCCGUCUUUUGUUUUUAUUUUCACAUGCCUGUCCUUCUUGUUUCUUCUUCUGGCAAAAGCACACGAGGCGUCAGAAGAUGUAUACGGCCGGGCUCAACCCGUUUUACGCGUCAAACUUCAGCCUGUGGUCCGCGUACUGCGCCGGGGGCUUCGCCGUGGAUACAAUGAAGAAACCCUCGUUUUGCAUCGCGGACAUUUUGCAGGCUGGAGAUUCGGAAAACCUCCCGGGAUCGUCCGCGCUCAUGGUGCACAUGGGCCACCACCAUCACCACCAGCACCAGCACCACCGGGCUCAGCAGCACUCCGGCUCUCCGCUUCGCCCCUCUCCCGUCGCGCCGGACGCGUCCGUGUUCGGUGCCAGAGUGAGUCCGGCCUCUCCGUACCACAGACACGGACUACAAGUGACCUCAGUCUCCAGAACCGCUUUCAGCUCCCAACAAGGUCCGCCACCCUCCAGCAAAGACCUUAAAUUCGGAAUUGAUCGGAUAUUAUCCACAGACUUUGAUCCAAAAUGCAAGGAGAAGUCGUCCCUAAGAGAUCUCACAUCCAUCGUUAGCUCGAACCGUCAGUCAGGCAUCCACAUCCCCGUUCAGCCUCCGGCCAGCCAGUACUUCUCCUCCAUAGACCCUGGGAUGAGCGACGCAUCCUCCAUGAUGAGUUCACUAGGCAACAGCAGCAGCAGACACUCAGGCCAGCAUCAGUUUCAGGACACCUUCCCAGGUCCAUAUGCCGUCCUCACAAAAGACACAAUGCCUCAGACGUACAAGAGGAAAAGGUCAUGGUCGAGGGCCGUGUUUUCAAACCUGCAAAGGAAAGGACUUGAGAAGAGAUUUGAAAUACAGAAGUACGUCACCAAGCCAGACAGAAAACAGCUGGCUGCCAUGCUGGGCCUCACGGACGCUCAGGUGAAAGUGUGGUUCCAAAACAGACGCAUGAAGUGGAGACACUCUAAGGAGGCCCAGGCUCAGAAGGACAAGGAGAAGGACGAGAAGCCGGACAAGAGUGUCUCCGAGGCGGGCAGCAGGGACCCCAAAGAGCCCACGGAGUCCGAGUGCGAGAGCGACGGCAGAAGCGACUGUGAAUCCGACGAGCCCGAGGAGGAAAACGCAGACGGACUUUUGGACAUUUCUGAGCACAAUAAAACCAGCGUGAUCACGAGCGGGAGCGCGCCGGGCGGCGGCGGCGGCGCGGACGCGGCGCUCGCCGGGCCCGGCACAGACUGUGCGGCCUCGCAGGUGCUCAUAUGAACACACGAGCCGUGAGAAGAAGAGCCGCUUUAUCCUACAAUAUCCCUCAAAGAAGACGGACAAUGACACACAGACACACGUGGAAAGUAACUGCGAGGAAACCAGGUCAGUUUAACCCCUGAGACCAGGAGGAGCAAAGAGACGGUUUAUUUGUUCAGUUUUCCACAUUAUUUCAGCCCAGGCAGACACAAGGAGCAUAGUCAAAAUACGGUGUGAAUUUCAUUACAUUUUACCUUCUUUAUUUCUAGCUGUGGUCUUACAAGGCUAUAAUAAUAAAACCAAAGGAGAAACUGAAACGUCUGACUCCCGGUUUCCUCCAGUGUUUCUUCGUUCUCCCCUCGAGAGCUCCAGAAGGCUGGUGGUGUUUUCCUCAUCAGAAGGAAAUAGCCGAAUAAUUGGUUGUGAAUUUUAUUUUUAGGUUAUGAACCACUCGUUUGACGUUGUAAAUGAAAUCUCAGAGCAUCACGGCAGUGUUCAUGUACCUAUUUGUUGUGGUUAUGACUUUUGAUGUAGGCUAGUUGUGCUAUUGUUUAUAAUUAUUUGCACUGAAAAUAUUGUAAAUAAAAUGUUCUUACUUUGGAAA